AUGGCUGAUAGCGGCGGAGUCCAGCCUCCAGAAGAGCUAGACCGCUUUAGCAACCUCUUCCCCCUUCCGUUUCGUGUAGCAAUUUUGCUGGUGGCAGGCUUUUGGGGAUGGGGUAUUAAUCUUCACUACUUGUCAUUGGCGAAAAUAGAUGUUCCUGCUUUAAUUCGAUAUCCCUCGCGCUCCUCGCCGCAGCAACUAACGCAUCAUCAUUCGACCUACCGCCUGGCGACUCUUCUCUCGAUUCCCCUGGGAGUCUUUUUGCUCUUGUUUUGGAUGACAACCCGUGGCUCGACAGAAAGGGUUCUUGCAUGGGAAAUCAUUCCACAAAGUUACAUCGUCCUAAUCUUGGUCAUACUCCUCUUCCCGUUCCACCGUCUUUCGCGAAAUGGGCGCAGUAGGUUUUUCGCUUCUCUCCGACGAAUCAGUUUGGGAGGGUUGGCAGAGGCGCAAGAUGGGAAGUUCGGAGAUGUGCUCCUGGCGGAUGCAUUGACGAGUUAUUCCAAAGUUCUUGCGGAGAUAUACAUCAACUAUUGUAUGUUCUUCUCUUCGAAGGAGUCGAGCACCGGGAAGCCGAAUCGGAUGUGUGGAGGAAGACUUAUAGUUCCCUUGCUCAUUGCGAUUCCGUAUGCGAUACGAUUUAGGCAGUGUCUGAUCGAGUUCUUUCGGGUGCGGCGCGGCGGACACAAAAAUGAUGGAUGGGGUGGUCAGCAUUUGGCGAACGCACUGAAGUACGCUACGGCUUUUCCCGUGAUUAUAUUCAGCAAUAUGGAGCGCAAUUACAGCCAAGAGACAACCCAUGCACUUGGCGAAGUCGCUAUUUCGCGUCUAUGGGCCCUCUCCUGUUUUGUCAAUUCCGCAUAUUCCUUCUACUGGGACGUCACAAAAGAUUGGGAUCUAAACCUCUUCUCGCCAAACAGCGGCACCAGGCAGCGAGACUACCCAUUCGGUCUUCGUCCGCGGCGCAUCUUCCCACGCGACGAAAUGUACUACGGCGUUAUUGGCAUCGAUCUGGUCUUACGAUUCACCUGGCUAUCUCGCCUUUCCCCUCAUUUGGAUAAAGUGAAUAACUUUGAAAGCGGCAUUUUUCUGCUUUUAUUUUUGGAAAUUGCUAGACGGUGGAUUUGGAUAUUCUUCCGAGUCGAGACUGAAUGGGUGCGGAGUAAUCGCGGCUCUGGUCUAGACGAUGUAUUACUGAGCGAUUUUAAUGGGAAAUUAAACGAAACCUAG